AUGUCUACUGAACAAAAGAAAGAUUGUUGCGCUUGCAAAUGCAUCACUGAAUGUGAUGUUUUAACUUGGAAAAAUCCAAUUGAAACUGGCAAAUUAUUUGGUGCAAGUUUACUUGCCAUUUUAUUCAUUAAAAAUGUUAAUAUUUUAACAUUUUUAAGUAAAACUUUGUAUCUAGUUUUCUUCACAACAGGUUCAAUCGAAUUCAUUACUAAUUUGCUAUUAGGCAAUGGUAACGGUUUAGUCACUAAAUAUGGCAUUCAAAACUGUCCAAACACAGUAGGUUUCAUUAGACCUUAUGUUGACGAAUUUUUAAAGCAAUUGCCAAUUAAGCAGGCUGCUAUGAGAAAAUUGGUAUUCGCAGCCUCCCCAAAAAAUACUUUGAAAGCUGGUGCUUUAUUCUGGUUCUUACAUAAAGUCUUCAGUUUAAUCUCGUUCACUAAUCUAUUAAUAAUCGUCGAUUUAAUCGCUUUCACUUUACCAAUUGUUUACAAAAGCUAUCAAACUGAAAUUGAUCAAGUUGUUAAACAAAUUAUUGAAAUCUUACAAAAGAACUUAGAAGUCGCAAAGAAACAGGCUUGUGAAAAGGCUAAGCCAACUUUACAAUCCUUAGACAAGAAAUUAGGUCCAGUCUCUAAAUUGAUUAAGUCGAAAUUAAACAUUGAUGACAAGAAGAACGAAUCAGAAUCCACUGCUGCUUCCUCUUCUGCUCCAGCUGCCGCCACUUCUGGUUCGGAAUUCCCUUCUGUUCCAGCUUCUCAACCAAUCUCUGAAGCCAUCAACGCUGCUGCUGAAGACGCUUCUAAGAAAGCUGAAGAGUUAUCAAACUAA